AGCCGCUAAUAGCUGCCGGCGGCCCCGGGCUCUCCCGGGGCGCGGCCCUCCUAGGCUAGGGUAGCGCGGAGCUAGAGGCUGCGCUUCCGCCGGGAGGGGAGCCCCGGGAGGCGUUUCUUUACUUUGGUCGGUGGAGAAGCGAGCAGGGCGUGGCCCGCACCGGGGAGAGCUGACGGCCUGAGAACGCGAGGCUGCCCGGCAGAAAGGUCCCGGAGCACCGCGGCCCUUGCUGAGGCUGCGCCGUCAGUGCGGGAGCACUCGGGCGGCUCUCAGGGUGCGAGGCCGUCGCUCCCCACAGGAAAGGCCCGGGCAUUCCAGGCAGAAGAUGUGGUGUAAAGUGAAAACCUUUGCCGUAGUGCGCUUUGACCCGAAUAUGUGGCGCUUGGAACAGCUUACACCGUGCUACUUAGUAGAGCCCAGACUAUUUUGUAGGAGGAGUCACGCUAUGAAAAGAGUAAAGGUGAAUCUUAGAAUCACACACAUCAGACUAGUAUGAUUCUGAAGAAAUAAACAGGAGAAAGUCCAAAAUGAAGAAUUCUUAAAAGUCCAAACAACUAUGGGCUUGACAAGGGUGAUCGGUGUGUGACCCACAAAGGUGAGCCCUCCAGACAAAAGAGCACAGGAAGAACACUCCAGUCCAGAAUGAUGGAUCCGUGCUCAGUGGGAGUCCAGCUUCGCACCACAAACGAGUGCCACAAAACCUACUACACCCGGCACACAGGCUUCAAGACUCUGCAGGAGCUGUCAUCCAAUGAUAUGCUCUUGCUCCAGCUCCGGACCGGGAUGACGCUGUCUGGGAACAACACCAUUUGCUUCCAUCACGUAAAAAUUUACAUCGACAGGUUUGAGGACUUGCAGAAGUCCUGUUGUGACCCCUUUAACAUCCAUAAAAAGCUGGCCAAAAAAAAUCUGCAUGUCAUUGACUUAGAUGAUGCCACUUUCCUGAGUGCGAAGUUUGGCAGGCAGCUGGUGCCUGGUUGGAAGCUUUGUCCCAAGUGCACCCAGAUCAUCAAUGGAAGUGUGGACGUGGACUCGGAGGACCGCCAAAAAAGAAAGCCUGAAUCCGAUGGAAGAACUGCUAAAGCAUUAAGGUCUCUCCAGUUUACAAACCCAGGAAAGCAAACAGAAUUUGCUGCAGAAACUGGUAAAAGGGAAAAGCGGAGGCUCACAAAGAGCGCACCUGCUGGUCAGGACAGACAAGUCAUUCCAGCCAAGAGCAAGGUCUACGACAGCCAGGGGCUGCUCAUCUUCAGCGGGAUGGACCUGUGCGACUGCCUGGAUGAAGACUGCCUGGGAUGCUUCUACGCGUGCCCUGCCUGCGGCUCCACCAAGUGUGGAGCCGAGUGCCGCUGCGACCGCAAGUGGCUCUACGAGCAGAUAGAGAUUGAAGGGGGAGAAAUAAUUCAUAAUAAGCAUGCAGGGUGAUGCGCAUUACCAAGCUGAGGGGUCUCGAAGUCCUCUAUUUUGAAAUUCUGUUACUCUUAACAUACAUUUUAAACUUCGUAGUCAAACAAUAAAGACUUAAAAACCA